AUGAUGCCAUCGCUGGGGAAAGGCAGCAGAAGCCCUUUAGUCUUUUCCAUCAGGGUGAAAUCCUGGCCCCUGAAUCGGGUGAUGAGAGAGGAUCCUCAGCGAAUCUCUUCCCCCAAGCCCCCGGGCAAGAUCACCACUUUCUCUACUGGCAUCCGUGUGAGUACGCAGAUCUCCCGUUACAGUUUAACAGGAGGCCCGUGGGGCCGACGCAGUCCUUCAGACACGCCUGACGAUUUGAAGUGGUGCCACACGUGCCAUCUUGCGCCUGCCCGUGCGCCCGCUGCUCCUCCAUGGACUGGGCUUGGUUCUGUGUGGGGAGUGAAGGUGAAGGUGGUGCCCAAAGGGCGCAUCGCCCCUCGACGGGAAGGUGUCCUCCGGGCAGGACUGGAUGUAUCUCGCGCACUGCUCAGCAACAGGCUGCUGGUGGGACAGAUGGCGGCAAAAGGAUCCCCUGCUCACGCUGGUGCAAAGUGUAUUGUGUUGCGCCAGAAGAACCGCCACGCUCCUGUAAGUCCUGCUAUGCGUCUAAGAGCAAGAGCUCUUAUGGCACAGACUGGGACUGAAUUUGGCUACGUUUUCAUUUCUCCCUACACAAAAUUAACAACAUUUGUGCAGGCAGAUGACAAAACAAUUUCAUAUUUACAGUUCCUUGACCCGUAUGAGACUGACGUGCAGGAAAAUGUGUAUGGCAACACCCAUCGCAUUGGGAUGCGGCAGAAACACUCGGUGCCAGAAAGAGCUCGUGCUAGUCUAGGUGCACUCCUUACAGUCAGACUUCAUGCUCAUAAUGUAGCAGAGCUACGGACUCACGUAGCUCGUGCAUCCCUGCUGAGUGUUGCCGGUUUUCUUCUCCAGCUUGCGAACACAGAGGAGUACAUUGACGGCGCGUUGUCUGGACACCUGGGGGAAGUUUUGAUCAGGUGCAAUAAUGUUUUGUACAUCAGAGGUGUGGAAGAAGAAGAGGAAGAUGGAGAAAUGAGAGAAUAG